AUGAAUAUCCUCAUUGAUAGCCUGAUUAAGCUAUGGGUUCUUCUUCCCAUUUCUGUUGUUAUGGUUCUUGUCGGAAUUUUAAGAACGUAUAUAACGCUGCUUUUCCAGCCAUCUCCGUCUCUUCAGGAUCGGGAAUUGGUGCGUCAACAGCAACAUCUUGCUCGACUUGGAAACUAUCUCAACAACCGUUCUGUGUUUAAUUCUAAGCGAGACUAUGACACAAAGCUAUCUUAUCUUGUCAAUGAGUAUUCAGAAGAUAAAUAUCUCAAGGUAAAGUUUCCCAAAGACCCUUCCCAGGAAAACCCUGCUAACCCACUAGAGGCUCUCACUUCUCCUGCCUCGAAUGACAUGCUGAUGCAGUCCGUCAAGGCUAGCAUUGCAAACUAUGUUCCUCAAAGUGUCAUCAUGUGGUGGGUUAACUAUUUUUUCAAGGGCUAUAUUAUCAUGAAGCUUCCCUUUGAUGUAACUGCCAACUUCAAAUCAAUGUUGCAAACAUCUAUCAACACUCCCGAUUUGGAUGCUUCUUAUGUGUCUUCAGUGAGUUGGUACUUCGUUAAUCUCUUGGGUUUAAAAUCUGUUUAUGCUCUAAUAUUCAACGAUAAUAGUUUGGCCAAUAAAUUGAUGGCUCAGCAACAGCAGCAGCCCAUUCAACCGCAGAUAGCUGGUGCAGGUCCUUCUCCCAAACAACUGUUCCAGAGCCAGUUAGAGAACUUGAAAAUAGCUCCAUUUGAGAGCUGUCUUACAGAUGUUACCGAUAGGGUCGUCAAAAUGUAUAAAUAA